AUGUCUACUUCCUCCACUCAGCGGGAAAACCCCACCCACCCAGAAUACCAGUACCUGGACCUGGUCCGUAACAUUCUAACCAACGGCGAGCACCGACCAGACAGAACAGGAACGGGCACAAUCUCCCUCUUUGCACCCCCACAGCUCCGCUUCAACCUGAAAAACCACACAUUCCCCCUCCUGACGACAAAGCGCCUCUUCCACAAAGCCAUCCUUCACGAGCUCCUCUGGUUCAUUUCGGGCUCGACCAGCAACGCCCCGCUCUCGGCCGUGGGCGUGAAGAUCUGGGAGGGAAACGGGUCGCGCGCUUACCUGGACAGCAUCGGGCUGACGGAGCGCGCGGAGGGUGACCUGGGCCCCGUCUACGGAUUUCAGUGGCGGCACUUUGGCGCAAAGUACGUCGACUGCCACACGGACUACUCGGGCCAGGGCGUGGAUCAGCUCGCCGACGUCAUAUACAAGCUCAAGAACAACCCCUACGACCGCCGCAUCAUCAUGAGCGCUUGGAAUCCGGCGGAUCUGGCGAAGAUGGCGUUGCCGCCGUGUCACAUGUUUGCCCAAUUCUAUGUCUCGUACAAGGAGGGGAAAGGUAUGGGGGCGCUGAGUUGUGUGUUGUAUCAGAGGAGCUGUGAUAUGGGGCUUGGUGUCCCGUUUAAUAUCGCUUCGUACGCGCUCCUCACGAUAAUGAUUGCGCAUGUGUGUGGCCUGGAGCCUGGGGAGUUUAUACACACUAUGGGGGAUGCGCAUGUUUAUGCCGAUCAUGCGGAUGCGUUGAAGGGGCAGUUGGAGAGGGCCCCUAGGGAGUUCCCUACUCUCAAGAUCAAUAGGCAAGUGGAUGAUAUUGAUGACUUCAAAUUCGAGGACUUUGAACUCGUAGGGUAUGAUCCACAUCCUAGUAUCAAAAUGAAUAUGUCUGUAUGACGAGGAAGCAACUCUGGCUGGGUCGUAAUUAAUGAUACUUGAUACUAUGUUUUUU